AUGUAUAAUAAUAGCGGUAAUGAAUGGAUGCUAAUAAGGAAUUCCGAGGCGGCGGAUUGGAGUCGGCAAGAAGACAAGAUUUUCGAAAACUCUUUGGUGGAAUUCGCUGACGAGAUGGAUGAGAACCGCUGGCAUAAAAUCGCCAAUCGGCUGCCUGGAAAGACACAGGAAGCCGUCAGGGCCCAUUACGAGUCGCUUUUGCAUGAUGUGUAUGAGAUUGAUUCCGGUCGGGUCGAGCUUCCGAGUUAUAGCGAUGACUCAGGGUCGUCUGGAUGGAACCAAGAUGAAUCGAGAAGGCCGGGUCAGAUCUCCUUCGGGACGCGUGGACACAGGACGAAGAACGAGGUUGAAAGGAAAAAAGGAACACCCUGGACAGAAGAAGAACACAGGUUAUUUUUAAUCGGGCUCGACACGUAUGGCAAAGGUGAUUGGAGAAGCAUUUCAAGAAACGUAGUGGUUACGAGGACACCAACACAAGUAGCUAGUCAUGCACAGAAAUAUUAUCUUCGUCAAACAGCCGUGAAAAAAGAGAGAAAAAGGUCAAGCAUCCAUGACAUUACGACAGCUGUGGAUAGUGUAACUUUGCCUCCACCCGCCAAUCACCCUGAUCAAGGAGGGUUUCAAAAUCUUAGCUUUCCAAUGCCAAGAUGA